AUGUUUUCGGAUAUCAGCCUUAAGGGUGCUUUGCUCAGCGUCUGCCUCGCUGCAGGUGCCAUUGCCAGCCCCAUCGAGAUGGAGAAGCGUGCUGCUUGCUCCCAAUACACCAUCAUCUCGACCCGUGGUACUGGUGAACUGCAGGGCCCCUCUUCCGGUUUCAGAACUAUGAACCAGCAGACUCUUUCUCAGGUCCCUGGUGGCACUGUUUACAACACUGUCUACCUGGCUGCCGCCGAUCAGAACUCUGCUCUCGGUACCGCAGACGUCACCUCUUCCCUCCGCGCAAACCCCAAUAUGUGCUUCAUCCUCCAAGGUUACUCCCAAGGUGCCGCCGCCACCGUCAACGCCAUGCCCAAGCUCACCGGCGCCGCCAUGGAUGCCGUCAAGGGUGUCUUCCUCAUCGGCGACCCUGAGCACCGCUCCGGCCUUGCCUGCAACGUCGACGCCAACGGCGGCACCACCACCAAGAACGUCAAUGGUCUUUCUGCCCUUCUCGGCGGCAUUCCCUCUGCUUGGGUCCCCAAAACUAUGGACGUCUGUGCCUUUGGCGAUGGUGUUUGCGACACCACCCAUGGUUUCGGUAUCAAUGCUCAGCACCUUUCAUACCCUCUUUCCACCAGUGUGCAGAACAUGGGUGCUAAGUACAUGGUUGGCAAGCUCACUGGCUCUUCUUAA